CGAAGUACAUAUACCAUCACCACACAGCGAAUCACUCCUGUGCUUCCACCCAGUGCCCACCUAUUUAAGAUUCCUCGAACAUGGACCAAGACGACCUCCAUCCGGAAAGUCCGCUUAUGACCAUGACCAACUCCUUCCUGGGCGACGGCAUGCUUUCUCUGUCCAUUCCUGGCCCUUCGAGGGACCCAACAUACUACAUUCCGGAUGGAAACAGUGUGCUGCUGGUAGAAAAUACGCUGUUCAGGGUUCACAGAUCCACCCUAACCAAGGACAAGUCUGCGUUUGAGACUAUGUUCCAGCUCUCUUCGGAAACGGACUCCUCGCGCUCAGAGUCGAGUGUCACACUUGCCAUGGAGGGCGAAAGCGACGACAAUCCCAUUCGCCUACAGGGUGACACCGCAGACGAAUUUCGCGCCCUACUCUGGUCCCUCUACGCCCUCCCACAUGAAUUGCUGGUCGCAAUGACACCCGAAGCAGACCCAAUGCAGCUUGUUGCUCUCGCCCGAAUAACGAACAAGUAUCAGUUCCGCUCAUUAGAAACUUGGGCUCUCAGUGCUCUCACCACCUACUAUUCAAGGCCAGGUGCCUUUGACGAUGUCCCAACCACCAGCCCUCCCGCUGUCACCCUCCCACACACUGGCGGCGCCACCCCACCCUCUCAGCCAUCGCUACUCCAGAUCACCGAGCUUGCCGCCCUUUGCGAGCGUCCUGACCUGCUGGAGACAACGACUAUACGCUGGAAGCGCCUCAUUGGCGAGGGCAAAGACCUCGCGCUUGCAGUCCGUGUCGGCGAGCAGUUCCAGUUGCGACAGAUGCUCGGUCUCGCGUACCAUGCCAUGAUGCUCCGGGGCAAGCCUGCGUGGGACUCAGACUCCGUUCUAACGCGCGACCAACGCGUGCGGCUGCUGUGCGGGUAUUACUCGCUGGGCAAGCUUUGGGACACGCUUGCCACCACCCCGCCUCCGCUGUCCCACAGCCAACGCUGUGGUAGCCAGCAGCGGUGCACGAAGGCUUUCGGGAACGUGUGGAAAAUGAUCCUCGACAUAUCUCCGCAGAUGAUACUUGUGCAGCAGCGCGAGGACGUUCUCAGCAAGGUCAUGCUCGCGGAGGGCAUGAUGCGCGCAAUGGUUAAGGACGAGAUCUCGCCACAGGGCUUCUUCGACGGCAUGCAGACGUGCAAGGAGAAUGCGCUCUUUGCAGUGAGCAUGCGCAUCCGGGAAAUUAAGGAAUCUUUGGCAGACCAUUUCAUGGAUGAGUUUUAAUUUCACUCGCUCUGCUGUCUCUCUGCUUAUCCACCCUAUUGCUGUUGUUCUGAUCUAUGAUAUCUUCUGUACAAGCAUUGUCCCCGUGUAAGAAGUACUAGUUUUCUCCCCUCUAAUGCUACUGCAGCGCUGUCAUUGUUAAAUAUUCAUAGAAAGUCACUUGUAAGAGCAAAUAGCUCGAGACUCGUUGCAACCCAUGUUCUGAUCAGCGCGGUCCAUCGCCAA